ACCACAUCAAAUAAUUAUCAACCGCAUCUAUUUUAAAAGUAUUUGAUUACCAAUUCAUAAUAGAAUACGAGUCUUAAAUUAUUCUCUUACAUACCCACAUAAUAGAAUAUUUAGUCCAUAUUGAUUGGUCAUUUUUACCAUGACUAACUACAGAGCUCCUCCUGCACCAUUUCCUCGAACUUAUCCAUCGCCGAAAUCGGCAAAGCAAGAAACACAUUAAAGCUCACUUUCUCUGUCGGGUGGCUCAAAAACACCACCGUAUCAUCCGACGGGAUCUCCACCGGCUCGCUCAGAACCGGCUCUCCCCACCCGAAAUCCGUCGCGGAGAACGACAAGCUCGACCACGUCGUCGCCGUCACCGUGCUGCAACCCCUCGGCCGCCUCGCUCUCGUCGCCUCGCAGUAAUCGAUCGUCGACCUCAAAACCCCAUCGUUCACGCUCCUGACCGCCUCCCGAAUUUUGACCACGGCGUGGGAAAGCGGCUCUUGGACCAGCUCCGCCGCCAAGCUGUGGGCCGGGGUGAACUUUAUCGCAUUCCCAAAAUACCCCUUUGGCAGAGGCGGCUCGAAUCUCCCCCGCGUGUUGACGACAAGUAAGAUUCUAGUAAGCUGAUCCGGCGCCGUAUUGAGCGCCUGAGUUCGAGCUCUCCACACGAAGGCCGAGAGGGCUUCGUAGGUGGAGCAGGGUUUUGUCAAUAAUCCGGUUGUUUUGGAUUUCGCCGUUUGGAUCAUUUGCGGGGUGAACUUGAGGUACUUGUACACCAUUAUCUCUUCGUUGGAGAAGUCGUUGGUGGCAGAGGAUUUGUCUUCGAUGGGUUCGAAUUCGGAAUGGCGAAACUCGAUUUUUGGCGGGGUUCGAGCUUUGAGAAUCGUCCUGUCGAGAAAUGGCGGGACGGAUAUGGGCAAUCCUCUUGCUGUUUCAGCCCAAGAAACGAUGAAUUCCGCGGCGGCUUGGCCGUCGGCAAGUACGUGGUUGAAGGAGAUCCCCAGCACGAAUCCUCCACACUUGAAUUUGGUUACCUAAUAGUAGAAAGAGAGGACCAAAAGAAAAUAACUUUUAGCGACCAAACAUCGAAUAAUCAUUUUUUGUCACCGAUAUUAAGCCUGACCACAUUUUACUGUCGCAAAAAGGUUAGUCUUUGCAAAGAGAAAAAUCGUUACCUGAGCCAUCAAAGGGAUCUCGAAUUUGUUCCCAACGCCAGGAACAUCAAAGGCAGCCAGCUUGCCACGUGUAGUCUUAUCCGGCUUGGAAAAAUCAACGUCAUCCAACCCACAGUCGGCCUCCGCCUCAAUGAACACAACCCCUUCGCCGGUGCAAUUCACAGCGAACCCACCCUCCGGCGAGAGGAUCAGCCGGCCGGCCAGAGGGUAGUAGUGAACCAGAGCCUUGCUCAGGGCGUUCUUGAUCACCUCUCCGGCCUCCUGGCCGCCGGACUUGAAGCAGUAGAGCGUACGGAUGAUGGUCAAGUCGUCGUCGACGUUGGAGAGGAAGUAAACGCUUCCCUGAUUGGUGUCCACUGCCGGCGGGACCAAAGUUGGAUUCCCUUUCUUCACUUGGAAGACCUUUUCUGUGUUCUGUUUUCCAUUGUCAAUUUUCCCCAUCUUUGUGAUGUUUUGGGAGUGGUUGAUUCUUUAGGUGAGUUUUGAUUGUGUGG